AUGUCUCAACAACAACACCCAAUUGACGACGAUUUAGUACCCGAACAAGUCGAAGGCUAUGUCGUAACCGAAAAGAAAACCAUUGAAGAAUAUAAAAACCUAGACGCAGAAGAUGAAAGUUUAGCAAAAUGGAAAGCAUCCCUCGGAUUAACAUCAGAUUCAAACCCAUACCCAGUCAAAACCGGAGAUAAACGAAAAGUAGUCAUUGUAGAAAUGGGAAUUGAAUUCCCUGAAGAUCCCAAACUUGCCCCCAUUCGCGUCAAUCUUGAAGAUGUGGAUGGGAAUACUAUUCUUAAUAAGGAGAUUAAAUUCAAUAUCAAAGAAAAGUCAGUCUAUCAACUCGUAAUCAAGUUCAGAGUCCAGCAUGAAAUUAUCACGGGGUUGAAAUAUUUACAUUCGGUAAAGAGGGCUGGAGUUAGGGUUGAUAAAAUGGAUGAACCAUUGGGGUCAUAUGCUCCAAAUACAGUUGAGAACCCAUUUUAUGAACGGAAGUUUGCUGAGAUUGAAGCUCCAAGUGGGAUGAUUGCAAGAGGGAAUUAUAAUGCCGUUUCGAAGUUUGUGGAUGAUGAUCAAACUGUUCAUUUGACCGUUCCUUGGAGUUUUGCUAUUACUAAAUAG